AUGAUAUUUCAGGAACUGGAAGCGGUUGGCGCUGCCACCACAGUAAUAUAUACAAUGGAUGCGACCUUAUAUUGCCUUAUGUUAAUGACAUCUGUACGAGCUGGUCAAAACUUGCAAAAUUCAUGGACAACAUUAAAAACAUCACUGGCAAAAUUACAAACUGUUUUAAUCACUUAUCCUGAUAUCACAGAAAAUAAAGCAAUACAUGACCUGGUGCGUAUGGUGCACUUGGAACCACUUCAAGCACAACUGAUGACCAUGCCUCUGAAGAUGUCGCUGAUACCAGCCGCAGUAUCAAUGGUUGUUACCUACAUCAUCGUCUUGUUGCAGUUGAAAAAAGUUAUCUAA